AUAAAACUCAGAGCGAACGCCAACGAAUUCAAAAAUAGAUUUCGUCUCCGCAAUAUAAAAUGCUGGUUUGUUGAGGUUCCAAAGUAGUUGAGUUAAAUUUAUCGGCAAGUAUACACUAUACUGUUUGUAAUCGAACGAGGAAAAAUGAACGAGAAAACACUGGCGUGCUCUGCAUUGAUAUUGACUUUUCUUGGCAUCACGGUACACGCUGAAUUUACAUGCACAGAAAGGGGACCAUAUGCUGAUCCCGAUUCCGAUGACUGUAGAUCAUUCGUCUUUUGUAAUAACAACAGCGAAUACGGUGGUAGCUUACUGUACCCUGAGAUAAUGAGUUGUCCGGAGAAUACCAAAUUCAACCCGGUCCUGCAACUAUGCGACUCAUUUUACAAUUGCAACGGAAUUGAUUUUCAUGGUGGCAUCGAUCCGUGUCGCAGUUUUAAUUGUUCAUUUAUUUCGAACCCAUACGUCGACGACAGCUCAUCGUAUAUAGAUUGUGUAUAUUAUGAUAACGUUGUAAAAGCUCACAAGAGAAUAAUUUUAAGAGAAUAUUGUCCUGACGAUACAUUGUUCUCACCUCUUUUGCGUCAAUGUUACCACAAUUACGACCCGAAUGAAACUUGUUCGAAGGAUGCAUGUAGCACUGGACCUGGCAAAUAUGUCAAUUAUAAGUCACUUAAUUGUGAAAGUUACAUCGUGUGCCGAAAUGAAGGCCAAACAUUAAGCUUAUAUGAGCCGUACUACGAAAUUCGCUAUUGUCCAGAAGGUACACGUUACAAUCCCGAAACGCGAAAGUGUAGCAGGAAAUACGUUUGUCCUACACCGGAAGAAAAUUACUGCUAUCCACAGAUAUCAAAAGCCACUCCACAACUGGCAACGGGGCCAACAGAAGCCCUGCUGCAGCGCUACCGUAGAUUGAAGAUGUGUCGAAAAUCCUAGCUACCUCUCCACACAACAAAUAUUCGUAAUAUUAAAUUUGACAAAUUUCAAUAAGUCUCGCAGAUGUAUGAAUCUACUUUAAUAAAGGUCUUGUUUUC